AGAGAGAGAGAGAGAGAGAGACGCCGUUCUGCAAAGUUUCUCCCUUUCUUCACCGGACCGAUCCAAAAAAAAAAACCCAAUCACCAAUCUAUGAUCCGUCGAAUACAACCACAUCGCGGCUCACUAUCCUCCGCCGUGAGACUCUCCCGCCGUCCCUUCUGCUCCGUCUCCCCACUCAUCCACACACCUCCACAGCAACAAUCCGACCAAAACACCAUCCCACACCGUCUCCUCUCGAUCCUCACCAAACCCAAUUGGCACAAAUCUCCAUCUCUAAAACAAAUCCUCCCAUCAAUUCGCCCUUGCCACGUCACCUCCCUCUUCUCACUCGACCUAGAUCCCAAAACAGCUCUCAAUUUCUCCCACUGGAUCUCUCAAAGCCCUAGAUUCAAACACAGCGUCUACUCCUACGCCUCCCUCCUCACUCUCCUGACGAGAAACGGGUUUGUAGACGUCGUGUUUAAGAUCAGAGGGUUGAUGAUAAAAAGAUGCGAAUCUGUGGGAGAUGCUUUGUUUGUGUUGGAUUUGUGUAAGGAGAUGAAUAAAGUCGGAAGCUUUAAGCUUAGGGUUGAGUGUUACAACGCGUUGUUGAAUUCGUUAGCUAGGUUUGGUUUAAUUGAUGAAAUGGAGAGGCUUUUUAAUGAGAUGGUGGUGGAGGAGGAGGAGGGAGUUAGUCCGAAUAUUUACACGUUUAAUAAGAUGGUUUUUGGGUAUUGUAAAGUUGGGAAUGUUGUUAUGGCUAAGGAGUAUGUUGGGAAGAUCGUUGAAGCUGGUUUGGAGCCGGAUUUUUUCACUGAUACGUCGUUGAUAAUGGGGUAUUGUAAAAAGAAGGAUUUGGAUUGUGCUUUUGAGGUUUUUGAAGGGAUGGCGUUGAAGGGUUUUAAAAGGAAUGAGGUUGCGUAUACUCAUCUUAUACAUGGUCUUUGUGUGGUGAGGAGGGUUGAUGAGGCGGUGGAGUUGUUUGUGAAAAUGAAGGAGGAGGAGGAUAAUUGUUAUCCAACGGUUCGUACUUACACGGUGCUUAUAAACGCUUUGUGUGGUUUGAAACGGAAGUCUGAAGCUCUUGAUUUGCGUAAGGAGAUGGUGGAGAGAGGUAUUACGCCGAAUAUUCAUACGUAUACGGUGCUGAUUAGUAGUUCUUGUAGUGAAUGUGACUUUGAGGAGGCAAGGGAGUUGCUAGACGAGAUGGUGGAGAAAGGGUUGAUGCCAAAUGUAGUGACUUACAAUGCGAUGAUUGAUGGGUAUUGUGAGCAGGGGAUGAUGGAAGAGGCACUAGACGUUGUGGAGUUGAUGGAAUCGCGUAAUGUUAGUCCGAAUACACGAACUUAUAAUGAACUGAUACAUGGGUUUUGUAAGAAGAAUGUGCACAAAGCAAUGGGAGUGUUUAACAAGAUGCUGGAGAGGAGAGUGGCUCCUAGUGUUGUCACUUACAACUCCUUAAUCGAUGGGCAGUGUAGAUCUGGUAAUUUUGAUAGUGCGUAUAGAUUGCUUAGUUUGAUGAAUGAUAGAGGAUUAGUUCCAGAUCAGUGGACUUAUAAUAGUUUCAUUGAUUCUUUGUGUAAAAGAAAAAGAGUAGAAGAAGCUCGAGUACUAUUUGAUUCUCUCGAGGAGAAAGGUGUAGAUGCAAAUGUGGUGAUGUACACUGCGUUGAUUGAUGGAUACUGCAAAUCUGAUAAACUAGAAGAAGCUAAAGUUAUCCUUGAGAAGAUGUUGAGCAAGAAUUGCUUGCCUAACUCAUGUACAUUUAACGCCCUGAUUCAUGGCUUAUGCACCGAUGGAAAAUUGAGUGAAGCGAUGUUGUUGGAGAAGAAAAUGGUGGAGAAGGGUCUUCAGGGUACAGUCAUUACAGACACAAUCUUGAUUCAUAGGAUGCUCAAGGAAGGGGAUUUUGAUCAUGCUGAGAGACGUUUUCAGGAAAUGUUGAUGUCUGGGACAAAGCCUGAUGCGCAUACUUACACAGCGUUUAUUCAAAGCUAUUGUAGCGCAGGGAAACUGAAAGAAGCUGUGGAUAUGAUGGCUAAGAUGAAGGAAGAUGGUGUUUUCCCUGAUUCAGUCACUUACUCCUCUCUGAUUAAAGGCUAUAGCGAUCAAGGGCUGACGGAUUCUGCGUUUGAUGUUCUCAAGUGUAUGGUUGAUGAUGGUUGUGAGCCUUCUCAGCAUACGUUUUUGUCUCUGAUUAAACAUCUGGUAGAGAUGAAACAUGGUGCAACAGAAUUCUGUCUGACGGGUAAUAUGAUAGAGUUUGACAUUGUUGUUGAGCUUCUUGAGAAAAUGGUAGAAUACGGUGUUACUCCCAACGCCAGAUCAUACGAAAUGCUGAUCAAAGGGAUCUGCGAAACAGGGAAUCUCAGAGUUGCGGAAAAGCUGCUUGAGCGCAUGCUGAACAAAGGAAUAUCACCGAGUGAGUCCACUUUCAAUGCUCUUCUUAGCUGUUGCUGCAAGCUGGAAAUGUACAAGGAAGCAGCAAAGGUUGUAGAUGAAAUGAUAUGUGUUGGUCACUUACCGCAACUAGAGUCUUGCAAAGUCUUGAUAAGUGGGCUGUAUAAAAACGGAGAAAACGAGAGAGGGGCUUGGGUUUUCAAGAGUUUGCUUCGGUGUGGUUAUUAUCAUGAUGAGAUAGCUUGGAAGAUCAUUAUUGAUGGUGUUGGGAAGCAGGGACUUGUGGAAGCAUUUAAUGAACUGUUCACCGUUAUGGAGGAAAGUGGCUGCAAGUUUAGCUCUCAUACAUAUGCACUGCUCACUGAAGGACCUCCUGAUAGCACGGUCAAAACCAUGAUCCAAGGCUUUCUUCCCAAAAAUGCUGAAACUUUGAGACACAACCUCGGGAGGGAAUGUACAGUGAAAGGCUCACUAGCUCAUAGCAAGUGA